AUGGCUACAUUGAUAAUUGUAGACUUGCAGUACGACUUUAUUGAUGGCUCAUUGGCUGUCGAGAAGGCUAACGAGAUAAUACCGACUAUUCAGAAACUAAUAAAACGCGGUGAUUGGAGGGCUGUAAUAGUUAGUAGAGACUGUCAUCCACCCAAGCACAUAUCAUUCGCAUCCACACACAACAAGCAGCCAUUCAGUACUAUUGCGUUGAAUGGAACCCAGCAAGAUUUAUGGCCAGACCAUUGUAUUGUUGGGAGUAGAGGGUGUUUACUGCACAGCGCAAUACAAGACACGCUUAGCAGCUCACAACUCAACAUACACUACGUAGACAAAGGAUGUGAGGUUGACAGAGAUGCUUACUCUGCGUUCCAAGCCUCAUCGCACGAUGUUAAAGGGUUGGUUGAAGCUAGCACCACGGAAUCGAUAUACGUAUGUGGCUUGGCUGGGGAUUAUUGCGUGAAAGCGACGGCGAUAUCCGCUGCGCAAUUGACACAGUAUCCAGUAACGGUGAUUGAGGAUGCGACAGCGUCAGUGGACAAGCAUUCAGGAUGGAAAAGAGAGCUGGAAAUGGGAGGAGUGAAAAUUCUCACAUCAAACCAAAUAUCAAAGGAAAUGGCAAAGGAAUCAACCAAAUAA